UGUGGGUGUGAAAGUGUGGGUAUAUGUUAGUUGUCGUACAUUGUAUUCACUCCUACACCCGCCCUAGGUUUUUGAUAAAUCAUCGAAGUCUCCUUAUCGUCGAGAGAUGGAGUCCAAGCGGCUUGGACAUCUCGGUAUGUUUCUCCCUAAACCAGUCCUAAAAGAGAUUUUGCAAGUUAGCGAAUUGGUUAUAGAAAUUAUUUUAUCAUGUAUUCAUAUCAACCAGUAGAUUAUUCACAUUCGUUUUCGACAUAUUCCGUCAAGCGACCGUCGGUUGAAUCUGAAUUAUAAACUCUUCUGAAGGGACGAACGGCAAUGCAAGACCAGGUAGUUAUAGUUUCUGUUGUUCUUAAUCAUGCUAAAAAAUAUAUAAUUUUCUAUUCGUUCAUAGUUUUACAAGAAUAACAAAGCAAUUGGACUUAGUAUUCUUUUUUCUUUUAUUUUUUCUUUCUACGCCAUUAUACACCUGAAGACUAGAAUACCACAGCAACCGCUUCGUAUUCUUGCUCUGGGUGAUUCAUUAACGGCUGGUGCUUAUGGUAACGCUCGUCAUUCAUAUGCUAUUCGCUUGUUAGAAUUAUUUUUAUCGAUAAAUAUGUCUGUAAUAAUAGACGAACAAGGAAUAUCAGGUGAACGAGUUGUACCAACAAUGGUUAAUCGAAUGGGAAGACUUCUACAAAGCAAUUUAUCCUACGAUUGGAUUAUUAUAUUAGGUGGUACCAAUGAUUUAUUAUCUGGAUUAUCUGCUGAAAAAAUCUUUAAAGAAGGCUUUUCGAUUCGUAGAAAUGAAAAAUGGUAUGUUUAUUUUCUGGGAUUAACUGGAGACUACCCAGCUAUUAAACUUGCAUUAAAUCAUAUUAGUAAUAAUGGAUAUUAUUCUUGCUGGUUCUGCAAGAUCCGAGGUAUUCAUACGGCCAAUAAGCGCCAAUAUUAUUAUCAAGAAGUUUUUAAUAUGAGAAGCAUUAACAGCUAUAGAAAUGAAUCAAAAGAAGCUGAAGUCAAACAUGAAAAUCAUCUUCAAGUGGAUAAAGCUGCUCAUGUUGCUCUUUUAGUUUGUGCUAUUCGUAUGCUUCAUGGUCCUAAAUUAUUUGGAUAUGAAACCUGUGUUUUACCUCAUGAUUUAUUAUCAAUAUAUUACAGAGAUCAUUCGAAAUAUUAUGAUAAUCCGGAAAAUUUAGUUUUACAUUUGCACAUACACUAUUCGAAUCAAUAUUUAAACUAUGGUAGCUUAAAUAAUACAAAUUGUUUUGCACAAGAAAGUUUCCUUGGUGCAUUUGCAAAAAAUAAACAUGAUGAUUUUGAUUCUCAAAAAGAUGAUGCUGAUGUAGAGAAUGACGUCGUAACAGUUGAUACACAACAUCGAAUUUCAACUCAAUCUCAGUUUCCACAUGAUUCAUUAGCUAGACUGAAUUACGAAUCAGCAUCAGAUGAUAGUGGAAAAGAAAAUGAAAAAUAUAACGAAGAUGAUGAGUUAUCAGAUCAAUACGUCAAAUCAAUAAAAAAAAAGAAUACAAAUAAAAGAAAAUCCACAACUGAUCAUAUGUAUGAAGAUACGAAUCUAUUAAGAACAGUAGCAUCAUCGUUUGGUGAUUUUGCGCGCAAAACCAUGCGACUUGUAUUUAAUGCGCAUGAAUUAACAACACAAAUUCUUCCUCCACAAAGACAUUAUCUAGCUCGAACAAGUUUAAAUGAGAAAAAAUUCCAAUUAGUAAAUGAUGCUAUUCGCAUCAAGUUCAAGAUUGAUAGCACGAAAUAUGCUGCAUUUUAUAAAAAUAUUUUGAGAAGAAAAUUAUCUGAUUUUCUUAUUGAAGAACGUCGUCGAGGAUUAAAAAGGAUUGGUCGUGAUCAUAUUCAAAAUGAAACUAUGGAAAAUUCAUCUUGA